AUGGCGCUGUUGUACGGCAAAAGUCCGUCACUUCCAGACAAAGACCCAACAAUUACGAUCAAGAGUGAGCAACCGAAGACGGAAGCGAAGUUGGCUGAUGAUGAGCGCUCGGCAGAGAGUGGUGAUCAAUAUGUCACCGUGGCUUGUGUUAGCGACGACCACACUGAUCUUGACGCGAUCCCACUGAACUCGCCUCUGGUUAUGGUUUCUUCGACCGGAUCCACGCUCAACAUGUCGAGCACAGGUUCCUGCUUUGUGGAAUUGGGCUACAACGAGGAGGACGAAGGGCUGGUUACGAUUCGAAGCGCCGCCGACAGGUCUAAGUACCUGGUUCUGAACGCAUAUCUGCAGUGCGUGUUCGGUAGUGCGGAAUUUGCGCUCAAGUUCAAGAUGAAGCUGUCUCCAGCAGGGCGACUGGUGCUGGUGGAGCAUUUAACUGGAUCUCACAACGUCGGGAGUGCAGAAGACGGAAUAUUCCCCUGA